AAGGGGCAAAGGGGUCUGAAUUCGUGCGCAAUGGAGGCUAGUUGCAUGAGUGCGCAGUUGCUUACGGUUUUUACUGGCAAUUGCUGAUCCUGCAGUUACUGAUAUGAUGGAUAUUUUCUUAAAGAGAUGAUCAAACAGUAUCCACAAGUCUGAAGGACGCUCUGAUGCUCUGAGAGGCCCCCAUUAAAACGUGGAUGUUUUACAUUUUUACCUUUAAGGAUUGCAACAUGGCAGGAAUCUCUCUCAUAUUUUCACUUUUUGUCACAACUCUGUUCUUCACGGGGAGUGUAUCGGACAUCUGCCGAGGACCGCGCUGCUUUUCUGGUCACGACUGGAGCAGACCGUGCGUGGGAGCGCAGUGCCAAGGGCGCACGGACACAUCCGCGUCCCGACGGCAGUUUGACCACUCUGCACAAUCCAGGCAAGGACAAACCUAUCCGACUUAUCAACACGACGCUCAUUUCCGUCAGCACAAAGCACAGAGCGCGCCCUUAGCACCGUACACCGUCAUCCAGCCUCAGCACGGAGGCUUUACGCAGGCGGCAGGUACGGAUGGCACCAGGAGGACGAACCCGAGGACCAUCACGGCGGAGGUGUUCCACCCUGGCUGCGCCGGGGGCACCUGUCCGACGACUGUCUCUCAUCGCCCCACGAGUGAUGACAGCGCAACGCGGGAGUGCAAAGGCAUUGGAUGUAAACUGCCCUCCCGGAUGCGCCAGAGGAACGGUAAGCUUUGCGUUGGAGACGGCUGCAGCACGCAAGGAGACGACGGGAGAGGAAGCUCGUCACCUGUUCAUGUGACGGACAGAGCGGCACAAUUUCUGGACGAGUUCCCAGACCUUGGGUCGCAACGUGGAGCAUGGAUUCAGCUGACAUGUGACAUGAAACCAGGGAACAAUGACGUUCCCUCAGAGGAUGCUCUAGUCCUGCAGUUGCAGCUGUCAAAGAGUCAGGAAAGGUUCGUCGAGGCCCUCAAAGGCCAACAAAACGAGGUCAAGGAGCUACAGAGGCUGCUCAGUGAGCAGCAAGGAACGUUGGUCAACCAGCAGAGAGAAAUACUUGACCAGCAGAGGAGGAUGUAUGAGCAGAUGGAGCAAGUAAAAGCUCAGUACAACAUACUGAUGGACAGCAUCAAACAAACAUCUUUCCAGAACCUCCAGGGGGAGCUGGACAGUCGCAUGGAAACCUUGAGUGGGCAGGUUAGAGCUCACCAAGCACAGCAGGCUCUCUCUUUGCACAAAGUGGACAUGGAGGCCACUGUGAUGGAGGUGGGUCGGCCCCUUUUGACCUGUGGCAGUUGUGGGCCUGAUGAGUACUGUGGCUACAGCAGUGGCCGUCCUCGCUGUGAGAAGUGCACCGUCUGUCCUGCUGGAUUCUUCCUGGUCGCCCAGUGUUCAGUACACGCAGACAGGAUCUGCCAGGACAGAGAUGAAUGUCUUGAAAUAGCUGAUCUGUGCGGAGGUCAACAGAAGUGUCUCAACACUCCAGGUGGAUUCAGAUGCCAGGACAUGAGAGAGGGAGAAGCACACUCAGGAAUGUGUGGCCGCGGCUACUUCUUCAACUCAGAGAUGGAUGAGUGUCAAGCCUGCAAUGAGUGUGAUGGAGACACGGUGGUCUCUCCUUGCACUUUUACCACAGACACUGUCUGCUCUGGCCAUACUGCCGGCCACAGUGCCCUCUCUCAGUCCUGGUCUGGAGAGGUGACUCUGCAGGGGGAAAAAGGACACAUGCUGGCUCAAGCCUUCCUCGGUGUGCAGCUUCACAUACAGGGAAGAGGCGAUGAUCUGGUGUCCACUGAGAGUGGGCAGCUGGGUCUGAGACAGCAUGGUCUCAUAUGGCUGGAUGAGAAUCUCUCAGUGACCCAUGGUUGCCGCAGCUUCAUCCAAGUGUGUCUGCGCAUGAACAACACAGCCGGCUCUGAAGGUCGUGACCUCAGUGGGGUUCGUGUGGAGCAGCAGGAGGGUAGAUCGCUCCAAGGUGUUAGCAUCAGUGGGGUAGCAGAGGUCGCCCCAGGUCACAUCAUAUCCCUCUUCCUCCGGAGUGCCACCCACCACUGUAACCAAAGCGCUGAAGGUCUGCAGCUGUUCGAAUCCUCCGUUGCCCCACUCAGCCUCCUCUGGCUCUCUCAUGACACCGGUGCGGUUGCCAUGACAGCACAGGCAAUGGUCUCUGCACAUUACCACACAAACUAUCGCCCAGUCUUCCGUACCACCUCCACCUCUGACCCUUAUGUAGUAGGACUUACUCACGAUGGUCGCGGCAUCCGGUUUGCAGAGAGUGGCACUGUGCGCUUUGUAUUCCAGCAGGCAUUGUACUCGAUGGGCCAGGCAUGCGUGAGUGAGGGCUUCCAAAUUUUGGCAUACCUCAACCAUAAUGGAACCGGCAUGGAGCUGCUCCGUGCCUUUAAACCAGGUGUCCAUUACCGAGAC